AUGAAUUUUAUAUUGUUUAUUUUUGUAUCUGGGGUUUUUUCCUUACAGGACCUCAAUACAACUAAACAUGGUGGUGCUGAUGAGAUGUGGGCACCUAACACUAUAAAAGAAUAUAAACCAGGACCGGAAAUUAAGGAGAAUACUCCUGCUAAUGAGAAAAAUGGCAAUUAUUAUAAAGAUAUAAAACAAUAUGUGUUCACAACGCAAAAUCCAAAUGGCAGCCAGUCUGAAAUAUCUGUGAGAGCAACAACUGAUUUGCAAUUUGCUCUUAGAAACUAUAAACUCGUCAAUGAAACAACUGUGUCACCUAUUGGAAAAGGCACCAGUGAAGAAUUUCCAGCAGAAACCUCUGGAAAAUACAAUCAAAGACUAACCAAGGGUCCAAAUGAACCUGCAUUUUGGACAAUGUUAGCUAAAGCUUUAAAUGCAACACCAACAGCUGAGGAGAUUGAAGAAAGAGAUCAAUUAUUUCGCCCAAUUCCAAGGUCUGAUUGGAAUGCCACAAGUGAAGACACCCUGACCAAGCUACAGGAAAUCAAGUUAAAAUUAAUGCUGGGCAUCUCAUUGAUGACCCUCUUCCUUUUUGUUAUCCUCUUGGCAGUCUGUAGUGCCAUGCUGUACAAAGUGAAGACAAUUAAUUAUAAAAAUAGAUGUCAGACUGAAUACACCGUCAACCCAGAGCUGGCAACUCUGUCUUAUUUUCAUCCAUCAGAAGGCAUAUCAGACACAUCUUUCUCUAAGAGUGCUGAGAGCAGUACAUUUUGGGGCACCACUUCUUCAGAACUGAAAAAAACAGACACAGUGUCAAAAUCUAGAACAACGGACAUUGUUUCCACAGCCUCAGAUGAGACAGGCGGGAAUGAGGAGUCAGAUUUAAUUCAGAGUGAGGAGCCAAGUGAAGAAACACCCACUGAUGAAUAGACUUGAAGUUUUUGUCAGAAAAGAAGUUUCUUUGUGAUUUCACUAACCUCAUGAUUUGGGAACUGCUGAGAAACUUAAAUUUUCUGGUGUCCGAAAAGGAGGACAUAUUCAAUAAAAUUAUCUCAGCCAUAAAAAUUAUACAAUGGAAAAAAAUACAAGAAAAUAAUUUAAGGUGUGGAAAACUCAUUCAGUAAAAAUAAUCCUGGACAGUGA